UUAAAAUGUUUGGUGAAGAAGUCAUGACCAAUGAGGAUAAAGUGUGGGAGUGCGUUUAUUGAUGAGCUUGCCUUACUUCAAAAAAUAAGGCAUCCAAAUGUAGUGCAGUUCCUGGGAGCUGUUACUCAAAGUAGUCCAAUGAUGAUUGUCACCGAGUAUUUACCAAAGGGUGAUCUUCGUGCUUAUUUGAAUAAGAAGCGCCCAAGUCAGAGGAUGGCGAUCAAGUUUGCACUUGAUAUUGCUAGAGGCAUGAAUUACUUGCAUGAGCAUAAACCAGAAGCCAUCAUUCACCGUGAUCUUGAGCCAUCAAAUAUCUUGCAGGAUGAUUCUGGACAUCUAAAAGUAGCAGACUUUGGAAUUAGCAAGAUGUUAAAAAUGACAAAAACUGUAAGGGAGGAUAAGCCUUUAACUUCUCUAGACACCGCAUUUGAGCGGAUACAUUGCCCCAGAGGUCCUCCGCAAUGA